AAUCGCUAGUUGGUAGGGAGCACAGUACAGUGGGAGCGCGAAAAGUCCAUAUAACUCGUAGAUUCACCUGCGGCAAAAAUCGUAGUACACUCUUGUAAUAAUUUCAAUGCGCAAGAGUCGCUCUUUUGGGGAAAAACCGCAAUGGGAGCCUCGCAGUCUGCGCGCACUGAACAUGAGUUCCAAGAUCUGGCUGAUCGAACUGGAUUUUCCCUGGAGCAGAUAGGCAACCUCGACAAGAGAUUCAGACAGCUGAGCAAGAAUGAGGAGACACUAAGUCGACAGGAUUUGACGAGCAUCUCUGCUCUAGAUAACAAUCCACUCCGGGCUCAAAUUAUUAAUGCCUUCUUUGACAAAAGAAACCUCCGUCAGAAUGAGGCGGGUACGGUCCAGGUGAUUGGCUUUGAGGAGUUCCUUAUGGUCAUGUCUCACUUUCGUCCGGCAGCUAUGCACAUCACAGAGGAGGAGAGGGAGAAACUGAGGCGGGAAAAACUACGCUUUGUGUUCAACAUGCAUGACACAGACAGUGACGGCACCAUCACUCUGGAGGAGUACAGACGGGCGGUAGAAGAGCUCUUGUCUAAGGCUGGCACAAUCGGGCAGGAGACCGCAAAGGCCAUUGCAGACGCCGCCAUGCUGGAAGUUGCGAGCACCACAAUGGGCAAAAUGGAACCUGAUGAAUUCUAUGAAGGAAUCACUUUUGAAAAUUUUCUUCAGAUUCUUAAAACCUUCGAUAUUGAGACGAGGAUGCACGUUCGCUUUUUAAACAUGGACACUGCAACCAUGCGAUGUGGAAAAUGA